AUGGCAACUGCAGUCAUGCAGAUGAAAACUCAGGUCCAGCAACAUUACUCCUCUGCCUCCAGCUCAGUGCAGCAUAUGACUCAGACAACCAAAAUCACAGAAGAGGAAAUUGUUUCCAAGAAAUCCUCUUCUUCUGUAGAGUCCUUCAGCAUGGUUUCCCAUUCUGUGGAAAUCCCUGCAGGACAGAGCAUUCCUGAAUUUCUGGAGAAGCCUCAGCCACUGACAGCAGCCGAAGGAGAUAAGGCUAUAUUCCGAGCUAAAGUGAUAGGUAACCCCAAGCCCCAUGUUACAUGGAAAAGAGAAAGCGGGGUGCCACUCAAAGAGGGAUCAAAGGUAUUUUUCGACAGCAUCAAUAAAGAGUACGUCCUCAAGUUAGAAAACCUCACAAGUGCAGACGGUGAUCUUUAUAAGUGUGUGGUUUCCAACAAGCAUGCCGACAUUAUCUAUACAGUGUCCCUGAUUAUAACUGAAGGCCAAGAAAAGAUAGAUUUCAAAAAAAUGCUGAAAAAAAGGGGGCUUCCUACUCCAAAGAAGGAGAAAAAAGUGAUUGAUGAAAAAGAAAUGCUGGAGAUCCUCUCCCAGGUGCCUAAGAAAGACUUUGAGAAGGUCUGCAUGGAGUAUGGUUUCACCGAUUUUCGAGGACUGCUUAAAAAGCUGAAGGAGAUGAAGAAAAAAGAAGUUGAGGCUAUAAAGAUUCUAAAACCCUUGGAAGAUGUUUCUGCUAAAGUGGACUCUACAGCGAUAUUUGAUUGUAUUCUGGAACUCAGGGAUGCCAAUAUGAAGAGGAUGUGGUUAAAAGGUAAUGAACCCCUGCGCCUUCAAUAUUCUUUAGGAAAAUAUGACGCAAAACAGUUAGGCACUAAGUUUAUGCUGUACAUCGCGAACGUCAAUGAACGUGACAUUGGUGCCUACUCUUUCGUCAUAGGUGAUAAAGUUCUGUCUGCAAAUUUGCAUGUAAUCGAUGAGCCUCUGCAGUUUUUGUCAGAUCUGAAACCCAUGAAAGUAACCGAAAGGCAAACUGCUGUGCUUGAGGUCCGCCUUUCCAAAAAGGUCUCCAACUUUGUUUGGAAACUGAAUGGAAAAGAGUUGAAGCGGGAUGAUAAGUACGAGAUCAUCACCUCUGAAGACGGCUUGACACACACCCUGAAAAUUAAAGAUGCCCGCCCGAGUGACAUGGGGAAGGUCAGCUUUGAAGGUGGAGGCCUGUUGACAGAAACCGAGCUUUUUAUUCAGAGAACACCAAUUAAGUUUGUCAGAAACCUGAAGAACGUCCGAGUCAAGGAGAAAAGCAAAGCUUGCCUGGAAUGUGAGCUGACCAGUAAAGAUGUGAUGUUGAAAUGGAUGAAGAACGGGAAGGUGAUUGAAAGAUCUUCCAAAUUUACCAUGACCCAUGAAGGGAAGAUGGCAGAACUGAUCAUAGAUGAUGCCGAGCUAAGUGACUCGGGAGAAUAUAUGGUAAUUGCCACACAAGAAAGUGACCCUACAGAAUACUACAGCAAUUGUAAUGUAACUGUGGAAGAGAGAUUUGCUACAGUCAAGAGUGGCUUAUCAGAUGUCCAAGCAGCUACAGGAGACCCAGCGGAGCUUUGUGUUGUCCUGAAUGAUGAGAGAGUGGAAGGUGUGUGGCUGAAGGAUGGCAAAGAGAUCACAGAUAUGAGAGGAAUCCAGAUUGUCAAGCAAGGAGCUGUGCACAAGUUGAUCAUUGACAAGAUGGGUGAGGAAUUUGAAGGGAAGUAUACUUUCAGAGCAAAAGGAGCAGAAAGUGAGGCCACCGUCAGCAUCGCAGACCCUCCAUUUAUUGACCCUUCCCUCCUGGAAGCUUUUGCUGCCCAUCCGGUGACUGUGAAGGCAGGACAGACAGCUUUCAUUAAAGUACCUUUCAAGGCCAAGCCUUUGCCCAAGGUCACCUGGUUUAAAGAUGGCAUUGAGGUGACCGAAGAAGAGAGAGUCACCAUGGAGAGGUCCCAUGACCAGGCCAUGCUCACCAUAACAAAAUGCGUGAGAGAAGACACUGGAAGCAUCAUGUUGAAGCUGAAAAGUGACUGUGGAUCAGCCACUGCUCAAUUAUUUCUUAAUGUUAUUGACAAACCAAAACCGCCCCAAGGAAAAGUGGAAUUCUUGGAGACAUCGGGGAAGUGUAUCAAAAUGAAAUGGAAGGCCCCAAAAGACAAUGGAGGCAAGCAGGUGACCCACUUUAUUAUCGAACGGAGAAUAGUUGGGAAGAAAUCCUGGAUCAAAGUUGGGGAAAUUGAAAGCAAGCAUACCACGUUUGCCACGGAUAAGGUGGAAGAAGGGAAAGCCUACCAGUUCCGAAUCCUGGCUGUGAAUUCUGAAGGGGCAAGUGAACCACUAGAAACAGAGGAAGUUUUCGCCGGGAAUCCCAUUGAUCCUCCAGGGCAAGCAUCUCAACCUCAAGUUACUGAUGUUUCCAAAGAGGCUAUUACCAUUACUUGGAAUCCUCCACCUAAUGAUGGUGGGUCUCCAGUUACAGGUUACAUUGUGGAAAGAAGGAAGAAAGGUAGCAACCUUUGGGUGCCUAUAUCCAAGGAACCAAUUCAAGAUACUAAGUGUACGGUGGAUGGUUUACUGGAAGGUGCAGAGUAUGAGUUCCAUGUCAUAGCCGUGAACCGAGCAGGGCCUGGGCUUCCCAGUGGUGCUUCCAACUCAGUUGUAGCAAAAGAUCCCAUCAAGCCUCCUGGGCUGGUGAAAGGGUUGCACGUGGCUGAUUCUUCCCAAUCCAGCAUUUCGUUGGCAUGGCAAGAACCUGAUGAGGGUGAUCCACCUUCAGGGUACAUACUGGAGAUGAGAGCUGAGGACACCAAGGAAUGGUCCAAGUGUACCAAGAUCCCAAUUUCUGGCAAAUGCUACACAGUGGGAGGUCUGCAGGAGAGACAGAAGUAUUUCUUCCGCAUCCGAGCUGUCAAUGAAGCCGGGGUGGGAGAACCAAUUGAACUGAAAGAAGGUGUUCUGGCUAUGCCGCCUCCAGCUGCUCCAAAGUUUGACCUGACUGUCAGACUAAAGAAUCAUAUGGUGGUUCGUGCUGGGACUGCCCUCUGUAUCCAUGCUUGCUUUACUGGUUCCCCUCCUCCCAAUGUUGUGUGGCAAAAAGAGGGGGUUCCCACAAGGGGGAGAGAAAGCAUUACAAAAGGCAAGCAUCACUCCCAGUUCCUCAUCCAUAGCACCAAGCGCUAUGAUUCUGGGCUCUAUCGGAUCGUGCUGAGUAAUGACUAUGGAGAGAUCCACUACGACAUCAAUGUUCGAGUGACAGACUUCCCAAGGCCACCUACUAAUCUGAACCUCUAUGAAGAAGUGCCAAACACUGUAACACUGAAGUGGGACCAUUCUCCAGAUGUGAAGGAGGAUGACAAUGCCCAUUAUGUCAUUCUAAAACGUGACACCAGCACUGCCACUUGGUUCACUGCAGCAGAAAAAGUGUACAGUAACAAGUACACUGUCACUGGUCUGCUUCCUGGCAGGAAAUAUUUCUUCCGGGUGAUUGCCCGCAAUGAUAUUGGUGACAGUGAUCCUUUGGAUUCAAAAGAUUCCUGGCAUAUCAAUAAAGACAUAGAACUUUUCCAUGCCAAGAUGAAGGAGUACCAUGAGCGGGACUGGAGCCAUGCUCCACAUUUUAUAACUCCCUUGAAGAACCACCUAGUGUGCCGGGGUCAUGACUGUACCAUGAGUUGUGCUUUUUUAGGAAACCCCCGCCCAAUGAUUACAUUGUACAAGGGCGAAGUCAACAUCACAGCCCAUUCCAAAUUCUGGUACAAUUCAACCAGUGGGGUCUGUACACUGAUGAUUCCCACAUGCACUGCCAAGGAUAGCGGCGAGUACUCCAUACUAAUUGAGAAUGAGCUUGGGAAAGAAAAAUGCAGUGGUACCUUGACAGUAUAUGAAAAAGAUGAUAGAAGCAUUUUGGACACAGUUAUUGGCAGCCUGCAGAAAUCAAAGCAUCUCAUGUGA